GGCAUUGUUCACAUGUAUUAAACAGUCAAGAGUCACCACAAUUUUGGGGGACAUGUGAACAUAUCUUGUGAGCCCCUUGUGCUUCCUAAUCCUUUACAUGUACAUGUAUAUAUCUCCAAACUUGCAUGCAGCCUUUCCAGAAAAUAAUCCCAAGAAAGAAAGCUUUGAUACGUCGUCGGGUGGUUCCGGAGACCUUGCAGACUUAUUCUUUUCCCCUCAAACUACCCAACAGAAUGAUCCUUUCAUGCCAGCAGCUCAGCCCGCUGCAGGGUCUGCACCGUCAAACAAUAACUUUGGGGCAUUUGAAUCAGCAUUCACACCCCAGUCUGCCCCUGUUCCCGUUGCCUCCUCCGCAGCACCCCUCAACCCCACAGUGCAAGGUUUACAAGGGCUCUCUAUUGCCAAUGCAAGUCCGCCAUCAGGUGGAGCUGCAGCGUCAGCAAGCUCAGGUGGUGACAAAUAUGCAGCAUUUGCUUUAAUGGACAGCAACGCCACACCCAGGGAAAGCACUACCGUCAACUGGAGCGGAGGCAGUAGUUCCUCGGCUGGUAUUAAUUGGGGUGGUGGAGGUGGUGGUAAUGCUGUUCCUAAGAGUUCGUCAAGUUCUGGAUUCGAUUGGGGUACAGGGAUGGCUAAGUCGUCACCGCAAGCAUUUCCGGGAACAGGUAGCGGAUCAGCCACAUCAUUAGGGACAACGUCAACAUCUGCGGCACAACUGUUUGGUUCACCAAGUUUUGGUGCACAAGGAGUGCCGCAGGGUAAUCCCUUCAUGGCUAUAUCAAGUAGUGCUACCCCAGCAACAAGUACUAUGGCAAACAACCCUUUCCUAGCAGGUGGAGCGCAAGGGGCUCCAGCCCAAGCAAAUGGACUCUUUGGUAUGCAGCCGGCUGGAGCUCCUGGAAUGCCCGCACAGAACCCUAUGAUGGUUGCAGGAGCAGGUGGAGCCUUCAACCAGCAAACGCCUACACCUGGAGCCAAUAUGCAAAUGAAUGGAAGAGUAGGGGCAGGGUUUCCUCAAGGACAGUUUCCCGCGGCUGGUGGUUUUGGUGGCAUGCCUCAAGGGGCAAUGCCUAAUCAGUUUGGGAUGGGUAUGCCAGUAUCACAGCCUCAACAGCCGCAACAGACUCCUCAAGGAGGCAUGAGUUUUGGGGGUGCUGGUAUGGCCGCAAUGGCAGGACUACAGUUUAAUAAAAUGGGCCAACCCCAGCAACCAAUGGGGCAGUUUGGUGCACCUCAACAACCUACCCCGCAAGGUCAGCAACAGAUGACCGCAUGGGGAGCAGCACCCAAUGCAGUACCACAACAGAAUCCUAUGGCUCCUAAUCCUUUUCUGUCGCUGGGAGGAGGCGGAUUCGGCGGCCAAGCUGCUAUUCCACCAAAGAGCAGUAAUGCCAGCAAUCCAUUCCUGUAAUCAUCACACCACCUAUCAACCCACCUACAUCCAUCAUCAUCAUCCAUCUAGAUUCGACCUAGUAUCCUCUAAAGGUGACCAGACAAGCCCUCUUCUGUGGUAGAAUGGCUUGGAUGCUGUCAUUGGGAAAGUCAGGACUGAACUGGAUGCUACUGGACUUGACUGGAAUUGACCGGAAUGUACUUGAAUUGAUUAAAUUCAUACACCUGUAAGGUUGCUGCGAGCAUAAAUGGAACAGUUCUGGUUGUUAGUGGUCCUUGAGGCUCUUGAUGAACUCCACCUGUGAUCACGUCUUAGGACAACUUGGUGGCCAACACCAAAUUGGCUCCAGCUUCCAGAGAUCCGAGAUGCUGUUUGAAUGGAAGGAGAAGCACUGAAAUGGAAUUGCAUUCCCAGAUGGAGGAUUUAGAAUCUCUUUUGUAAAUCUCAUCUCGCCAUAAAAAUGAUAAUGUUAUCUUUUUAUUGUGAUGUGGAUAUGUGUGUCUCUGUUCUUUGAGAGGACUGGGUAAUAUUGUACUGACCCUUAUGUAACUUAGUGCGAAAUGCAUGCAAGAAAUCAAUCCUUCAAAAUAUCAAUUCUCUACCCCUGGGUCAAGUUUGUCGAAGGUAGAUGAAUGCCUUGGCAUAGGAUAUCAGUGGCAUAUGGGAUUUGAGCCUUAAAUCUUAAAGAUGACAGACACUAGGUCAUCACUAGGCCACAACACCUCGGAGUGAUUAAAAAAUGUGAAUGGAUUACUUCAUUCCACACUCUCAUGACCCAUUGUUUCUAGUGCAGUUUUAACCCCCCCCCCCCCCUCUUCUCAUCUACUUUUUUUUUUACAACAUACUGCUAUCAUAGCAUUGCCAAAUAAAGCCAAUUUUUAAAAAAAUUGCCUGAUACAGAUCUCUAAGAAGCAGAUGCCAUCAAUAUUGGGUUAAAGUCUUCUUCAUUGAGUAACCAGCAUCAUUGUUAUCAUUUUUCUUUACAUAAUACAAAACAGACCCUAAACUUGGCUAAUUUCUUGUAGGUACAGUAACUGAACAAUGUCAAUUGUUUUGAUUUCAUUAUUUUUUUUUAAAUUCUCCAUGCAGGCAAUCUACUUUUAGUUAAUGUUUUUUUUUUUUUUAGUCUUUGAUUUUUGUUCAUAGGUGCCAAAUUGUUUGUUUAUGAAUAGUAGUCAAGGGCCUAAAAUUCCAAUUAUUAUUCAAGAUACUAUGACCUCAAUAGACACUUUUAUACCCAGCUAUUAGAUUUUCAAUGUUAACCAUGCAAACUGCGGCACCAUGUCAUAGAGUCUAAACAAGAAUAGGCGGCCUUUCAGAACACUUCCGUUUUUGCUGAACAAGAAUUUUUUUUUCUUCAAACAUUUGUUUUUGUACCAUAAAUCUUCUUAGUGCGCACAUAAAAAGUCAUAUGGGGCAUUGCUUGAAUCUUUUAAUCGUUCAAUUGCAAAUCAAGUAUUAAAUUCAAUAUAAAGCAAGAUGAGGUGUUGAAACAAAGUUGAGUUGCAAUUAAAUGCAUAUCAAUCUCAAAUUUUUGUUUAUGAAAGGAGCGUUGUGGCCCAGUGGAUUAGUCUUCUGACCUUAAAACAGAGGGUCAUGGGUUUGAAUCCCAGCCAUGGCGUAAUUUCCCUUCAGCAAGAAAUUUAUCUACAUUGUGCUGCACUCAACCCAGGUGAGGUGAAGGGUACCUGGUAGGAAGAAAUUCCUUGAAUGCUUGAGCGCCUAGGCAGCCCAGCUAAAGCCAGGGUAAUAAUGAUAGCAGGGCCCACUGGGAGAACAGUUUUCGGAACUGAAGUGGCUUCCCUGGGUAAAUGUACCGAUAUUAUUAUUUUUAUUGUUUUUUUACUUUCGCUUGAUUUCAAAUUGAACUUAUAGUUUCUCGCAGUGCCCCAAUUAUAGUCACAAAUCUAUAAUAUCAAGAUUUAUGUUAAUUUUGAUAUUAUUAGAAAUAAAUUAAUCCAAUUCGACAAAUGAACUCUGAAUGUUUUUAUACAAAAAAGACAUUCAUACUGAAAUAUUUGAAAUUGUCUUUGAUGAAAUGCAGAUUGAAAAAUGAGGUUAUGACAUCAUUUUUUCUCAAAUUUAGACAUUGACACCUUUGACUGCAAUUUCACAACUCUUAGCAUAUAAACGGCCCAUAAUCACUGGUUCAUGAACAAAGCAAAAAUAAAAAUGCUAUUUAACUUUCAACCUGUGUUUCAAAUUUCAAGCAAAUAUCACUCUUUCGCCUAUUUUAGGUUAGUUUAUGGAUUUCAAUUUGCUAAUGCAUAAAUAGACUUUGGCAAAAUACAACAAAUGUUGGUUGAAAUAUUGGUCAGAUUUGGUCAAAUUUGACCGAUAUUGGUCUGUGUUUGCUGAACUCGACCAAUGUUUGCUGACAUAUAUGUCUGUAUUAGCCGAAUUCAACCACUAUUGGUCAAAUUAUUGGGCAAACUGUUGGUGAAAAUAUUGGUCAGUAUGUGCUAAAUUCACCAAACUCAACGAAUACUUUAUUUCCUUGUUGGGUGUUUAAGGUUCACAAACCUGUCUAUGCAUACAAAAAGAAGCAGUGGUACAUUUUAGUUUUUUCCCUCUUCUAUAGGCUGAUGAUAGAAAUAGUGGGGGUGUCUUUGUAAACUUGUUACUUCACAGUAAAAAAAUUGUAUGUUACUGCAACUAAUGGUUAAAAAAGUGGUAGUGGAUCACUAUGUAAUAAACACAUUAUACCUUUAGAAGUAAAUUACUCAGAAAUGAAAAAUAAACUGGUAGUAGAUCAUUAUCUGAUAACAUAUAGAUCAUUCCUAGAGUGGAGGGCAUGGCAAUGGGAAACCUGUCUCAUUAAUACCUCAGUCACAUUUGCUCUACAGCGGCUGUACUGCGAGUCGAAAAAAGCCGUUUUAACAUUUUUUUGUAAUAGCUGCAUAUAGGUGACCUGAAUAGAAAUGAAUAAAACGGCUGUUUUCAAUUCACCGUAUGGCAGCUGUAGAGCGAAUGUGACUGAGGUAUUGACCAUUAAAACAAUGAUUUAUCAUAUUCCUCCAACAAGUCUGCUUCAGGGAAUUCCCUAUUCUACCUAAACUAUCGGAAUACCUGGAAAUGAGGGGUGAAAUCAUUCAUUUGGUUAUUUGUGAGACAGGGCCCAAAUGUAUAGGCAGCAUUGUAAAUAUGAGGAACACGUUUUUAUACAUUUAGGUCUCACAGUAAGACAACAGAUUUAAUUUAUAGUUAAACAAGUGCUCAGAAUAUAAGCCCAACCCUCUAAGGGUGGAUGUUUUUAGCCAAUAGUGAAUAUACUAGUAAUUAUGAUAUAAAAUUGUAUAGGAUUUAGUAAAUAAGAAUCAUUCCUCUAUAUAUUUGACAGACAAAAGCAAAAUUGCCUUUUCUCUUAGAGAUCGUCCAUGUGUGUUAUUUAUGAGCUCUGUUUUUAUGUUGGGUGGUGUUUUUGGUGUUUUCAUGGUUGUGGGGACCCUGUUUCCUCUUCCUUAAUUUUCACUGAAAGUGAAGAUUUGGUCACAACGAUUUAUCAAACUAGUUAGUCCUGGCAAGUACAUGUUAUACAAGGGAAUGUUUUAAUAUACUGAAGUCCUACCAAGUGAUUCGCUGAGAGCCUGUUACAGAGAAUUAUAGCAUUUGCAAUUUAUGAAACCGGGCCUUGGGUCCUGUUUCACAGAACUUGUCAUUGAUAAUUGACAGCCAUUAACGUUAUAAACCACUGAAAUUGUGGUUUUUAGUGGCUGAGAAUUAUCCAACAACUGAUGCUCUUAUAUUGAUAACUUGUUCUGAGAAACAAGACCCAGGCUUAGGAUACCUAGGUAAUUUAGAUAUGUUCCAACAUCUAUUCUUUUUAUACAAAGUUAUAUAGAUCUCUUGCCUAGAAAGGAAAUCCUAAAUAAUCAAAUACCCCUUUAUGGAUGAAGUCAUUAGUUAUGCAUCAUCAUGAUCAUUAACCCCAUUUCCAUUGCCAGUAUAAUAUCAUUAACAUAUUUGCCUAAUUCUUUGUUUACAUCCAUGUGAAAUUAUAUUUCCAAAUGUCUUUAACCCGUCAUGAGUAUUUAUAUGUAUUAUGUUUAUAUUUCAUUUUUAGUAUAUAUUUUUUGAAAUGUUAUCUCCUUUCUAAAUACCCCAGUACUUCGUAUGGGCUGCACUGGGCUCCAACAGGCAGCGCAUAUAUUUACUCUUUUUGUUUACGGAGCUAUGUUUAACGUUGAUAAAUAUACUGUAAAGGAAUUCAUAUAUAUUUUGUUUAUUUAAAUUUUGUCAUAUGCUGUACAUGUAUAAAUUAAUUAAUUAAUCGACAGAUGUGUAUUAAUUUUACUUGUGAUGGAUCACAAUGAAUAUGUGAUUAUCGUAACUUUAUCUUAUCCAAAUUCAUGUAAAAUGGUAUCUAGAACUUUUUUUGGAAACAGAAAGUUCUGUGCACUCGGAGGCUAGCUGUGUAAACUGAGCGAUAUGAAAUAAAUUGUUUCUUGUUCUUUACAAA